AAGAUUACGUGUAGGGCUGUAUGGCACCAGCUGGUAGCAGUGUCUUUGCAGCAAGAGGGUUGCAGGCUCAAAUCCUGCCUGUGGUUUUUCUGCAUCGAGUUGGCAUGGGUAUUUUUUCAAUUCAUUAUGAACACAAAUUAGAUUGAUUUACAACAAAGUAGACAAAACAAAUAUAAGAAAAACACAAGCAUAUUUUUAAAAUCAAUAAUAAAAUUUAUACCAAAACAUGUUAUGUAUGUAAACCAGACAGUUAAAUUCACAUCCUUCACUGGAGUCCAGCUGUUCCAGAGCAGCACACAAGAGCACAGACCUCCAUGGACAUGUCCAGACACAUCUUAGCAUUAUUCCACAAAUUGAAAAUACACAUCGCUGAAGUUUAGUCAUAAUGAUGUUUCAUAGUUCAUUAUUUCUCAGACUAUGACUUCCUUGUGUUGUGUGUUCUCCUCUUGUGGGGUUUCUCCUGGUUCUCUGGUUUCCUCCCACAGACCAAAAACAUGCAUCUUAGGAGUGUUCUUGCUGUGAGUUAUUUCUAAUUCCAUGUUGUCGUUCUUUUUUAAAACACAGAAACGGGCCGACGGCGAAACUGUAGCGUCAAUAACAGGUAACAAAACCGUUUCUGUGUUUUAAAAAAGAACGACAACAUGGAAUUAAAAACAUGCAUGUUAGGUUAAUUGCUGAACUUCUCCUGGUGUGAUUCAGUGGUUGUCUCUGUGAUGGACUGGAGACCUGUCCCAGGUGUCCCCCACCUCUCAGCCUGUCUGCUGGUAAUGCACCAGCUCCCGUGACACUAGUGAGGAAUGAGUGGAUGGAUAUAAUUUUUUUUUUAAUUCACCUCAUUACUUUAUUUUUCCAUUUCAAACAGGACCCAGAUGCUCUCGAUGGACUUUAAAUAAAAGAGGUGUGGUUGGAUUGAUGCAGCUGCUUCUUCUCUUUUAUAAGUCACAUCAAAAUGUGAGGAACAUUAUAAUGUUGAAGGGAAACUAAAGUGCAUCCAGAAAGUGCACAGUGCAUCACUUUCCCCACAUUUUACGUUUCAGCCCAAUUCCAGAAUAGGGUUGGGCAUCGAGCAUCGAUUGGAACCGGGACCAACCGUUCUAAUGUUUUUCCCAGAAUCGUUCGAAGUUUUUUAUUUCGAUUCCUCCUCGUAUGCCGACCAGAAGAGGAUUCCUCCGCCGAUCUCCAUGAAAAAUCAAGGAUAUUGAGUUCCUAAAUGCAAAAAGACAAACAUCUGUUUGGCCUGACAGAUCCGGUUCAACCGCCUGAAGACAUUCAAGGAAAGUAAAGACAGAAUAUCAACACAAGUGCAUCAGAGGUUUUAUUUUCCAAUUAGAGUUUAUGAAUUUUACAGGAAAUGGUGACAAAAAUGUCAACAACUACCAUCAAGAUGUUCGAUUUUACAUCAGACCUAGAACAUCAGAAACAACCUCUGAGGUUCUGUGGUGAUCCACUUUCUUCCCUCCUCUCGUGACUCCCCCUGGGGAAGCUUUAUAGGGUCAGAAGACACCUGAGAAGUUCCAUUGUGGGAGGACAUCCUGCACUCACCUGUUUCACUCUUUGCUUCUCUGUCAGCCUCCAAAUUUUCGCCUCAGCUUCUUUUUAAAAAAUAUUGUCAUUCAGUUACUUAUUUUCAGUAUUUUACGGCAUUAUUUCAUCCUUUCAUUUCAACCCUUCUUUCCUGCCUCCUCCUUCACCAUGAGUCUGAGUCGUAACAAACGAAUCAGCUCCAGCAGCACGGUCCGGAGCAGUGGCGGCUCCAGGAGGCUGAGCAGCUUCAUUCCGGCACAGGGGGGGUUCAGUGGGGUCUCCCUGAGCAGCAGCUCCUUGUACGCUGGCACCAACGGGCACCAUCAGGGUCUGGGGGCCUCACUGACCUCUCUGUCUGUCAACAAGAGCCUGCUGGCCCCUCUGAACCUGGAGAUCGACCCCAACCUGUCCAUGAGCCGAGCCCAUGAGAAGGAGCAGAUCAAGAGCCUCAACAACCGCUUUGCAAGCUUCAUCGAUAAGGUACGUUUUCUGGAACAGCAGAACAAAAUGCUUGAGACAAAGCUGGAGCUGCUUCAGGGUCAGGGUGUGACCCGAUCAAACGUGGAGCCUUUGUUCGAGGCUUACAUGGCGGGCCUGAGGCGUCAGAUGGACCUGGUGAACAACGACAAGACCAAACUGGACGGGGAGCUGAGGAACAUGCAGGGCCUGGUGGAGGACUACAAACACAAAUAUGAGGAGGAGAUUAACAAAAGAAACAACCUGGAGAACGACUUUGUUAUCCUGAAGAAGGAUGUAGACUCGGCCUACCUGGUCAAAGCGGACCUUGAGGACAAGGUUGGUGCUUUGACUGAUGAAAUCAACUUCCUGCGCAACAUCUAUGAGGAGGAGCUGCGCGAGCUGGCGGCCAGCAUCAAGGACACCUCAGUAGUGGUGCAGAUGGACAACAGUCGCAGCCUCAACAUGGAGCAGAUUGUAGCUGAAGUCAAAGCUCAGUAUGAGGAGAUCGCAGCUCGCAGCCGGGAGGAGGCAGAGGCCUGGUACAAGAACAAGUUUGACCAAAUGUCGGUGCAAGCCAGCCAGUUUGGAGACGAGCUUCGUAUUGUAAAGGGAGAGGUGGCCGAGGUCAACCGGCUUAUCAGCCGCCUGCAGAGCGAGAUUGAGGCUGUGAAAGCACAGCGCGCCGGUCUGGAGAACCAGCUGGCUGAGGCUGAGGAACGAGGAGAGAUGGCUGUGAAAGAAGCCAAAGCACGGACCAGAGACCUGGAGGAUGCUCUGCAGAGAGCCAAGCAGGACAUGGCCAGACAGCUGAGAGAGUAUCAGGACCUGAUGAAUCUCAAACUGGCUCUGGACAUUGAGAUCGCCACCUACAGGAAACUGCUGGAGGGAGAAGAGGACAGAAUUGGACAACAGUCCAUCCUCAACAUUCAGGCCAUCUCCAACUACAGUCCUAAGAGUACUAAUGGUUACCACAGCAACAGCAGCAGCAGCAGCUCUCCUGCCCCCAAACUGCUGAUAAAGACCAUCGAGACCAGAGAUAACUCCAGAUACAGCACUCUCUAAAUGCAAACACAUGUUCUAUGUUGGUCUUUUGGUUUGUUUGUCUCUUAGUGAUUCAUGCUGCAUGAAGAGCUUUAAAGAGCAAGUCACCCCCUACCAGAGCAUCACUCCACUCCCACUUCCUGUUUGAAAAUUGCAACAAAUGCUGUUGCCUAGCAGACCGAGAGGGCAGAGCCGCUAACAAAUACACACACACACAGACUCACAACGACAUUGUGACAUCAUAUGGUACCAGCUAACAUUCUAGGGUACCUCUUAAUCAAUAGCGAUGGCAGAUUUAAGUUUAACUGCACUGCACAGUUUUUACCUGACAACGGCACAACACUGACAGUUUUAGGCAGAAAAUUUAAAUUUUUACUAAAAUGCACUAAAGUGCAAAAUUACUGACUACACGUGUCUACAGCAUGAUUAGACACACAUUUAUAUAGUUUAUCAGAAAAAAAGUUGAUUUGGGGGUGACUUUCUCUUUAAACUAACUGUAAUAUUUAAACAAUAAAUCAUUUGAAGUUAGAAAUAAAAUAGUUUAAAGCUGGUUUUAAGGGUGUGUUUAGUCUUGUAAUAAUCAAGUCUGGUAACUUUCUACGUAUGUUGGGUUUAGCAGAAUGCUACUUUAGACCAUCGGUUAGAGGUUUGUUUUUAUAAUGAAGACUAUCACAAAUUUGGUGGUGUUGCUGUGAACAUCCUUUAUGCUGUUAUUACACUAUAUUUUUAAAAAGAUGUGGUUAUGGGUUUGACUUUAUUGUCUCUUAAUUCAUCAAUAAACUGAAUCUGAGCAAAAAUG